UCCCAGGAAAACUCUGACCAAGCAGAAAAAAGUCUGGAUGAGUCCAACAGUGAUUUGACCGAAUUGAUCAAGAGGCGCCUUGAGAGUGUAGCCAGCACAGGAAGCUCUGCCAGCUCAGGAUUUAUUGAAGAUAAGAGUUACAGCGAUUCAGAAGAUGAUGAAGAAGAUGCUGAGGAUCUGUACAAGCGGCCCCUGACCCUGGAGGAUCUCAUUUGCUAUAGCUUCCAGGUGGCAAAAGGCAUGGAGUUUCUCGCCUCCCGAAAAUGCAUUCACCGGGAUUUGGCAGCAAGGAACAUCCUUCUUUCAGAGAACAACGUGGUUAAGAUCUGUGACUUUGGACUAGCCAGGGAUAUUUAUAAAGACCCCGACUACGUACGGAAAGGAGAUGCAAGACUUCCACUCAAAUGGAUGGCACCAGAAGCUAUUUUCGAUAAAAUUUACACAACCCAGAGCGACGUAUGGUCUUUUGGAGUGCUGCUAUGGGAAAUAUUUUCUCUAGGUGCCUCACCAUACCCUGGAGUGCAGAUAGAUGAGGACUUUUGCCGCCGGCUCAAAGAAGGAACUCGGAUGAGAUCUCCAGAGUACUCUACUCCAGAAAUCUACCAGACAAUGCUGGAUUGUUGGCAUGGAGUACCCACAGAGAGGCCUACCUUCACCGAGCUUGUGGAACGCUUAGGAGACCUCCUUCAAGCCAAUGUACAGCAGGAUGGUAAAGACUAUAUUCCACUGAACAUCACCUUGUGUCCUGAUGGAGAAUCUAACUCCAAAACUUGCCCUGUGGAAGAAAACUUGAACAACUGUGUUAAUCGCUGGAGUGCAGUGGAAACUAGUAACAACUGCAAGAAGCGACCACUGAGUGUGAAGACAUUUGAUGAGGUGCCAGUGGAAAAGGAGAAAGUGACGCAUGAGGAGUCGGACAGCGGGAUGGUGUUGACAUCAGAUGAGAUAAAAAGCCCGAAGAGGCUCGAAAUCCGUUCUUGGCCUUAUGGGAUCAUGGCUCUAGCGCGGAGAGCUGUUAGCAAGAGCAAAGAAUCCAUAUUAUCUGAUCAUGAGCGUGAGGCUGUCAAAUACCAGCCAGCAGUACAGGUUGAAGAGGACACCAUGGACUUCACACUGGAAGAUUCUGUUCUCCUUCCUAUGGAUCCAAACCUGGAAUGCCACAGCCCACCUCCAGAUUACAACUCCGUCAUUCACUACUCAGCCCCUCCAGUGUAA